UCAUGCUGCUGCCAGGUCCACCAGUCUUUCAUGGGUCCCUGUACGGUCUCCCAUUGCUGCUGUCUCCAUCGCCACACUCUGCCAUGUGGCACUUUCAGGUCUCCUCACACUCACUGCUGGGUUCCAUUUUUGGGUCAUAGGGUGCUGGCAGAUUACGGGCCUCCCAUUGCUGCUGCCAGGCCUUAAUCUGCCAUGGGCCCCUGUACCGCCUCCUCAUGCUGCUGCCAGGUCCACAGUGUCUCAUGGGUCCCUGAACCGCCUCCCAUUGCUGCUGUCUCCAUCGCCACACUCUGCCAUGUGCCACUUUCAGGUCUCCCUCACACUGCUGGUGUGUUCCAUUUUUU